GCUAAGCUUCGUGCGGAGAAGUUUUCAAAGUCAAGGCUUGUCUACCUGCUUGCCGGUCAGCAUUUGUAGUGGUUCUUAAAGGUUUUGAUUGUAUAUGUGUGUGUGCUUGGAUACAAAAUAUUGUGGAAUGCAACAGCAAUAUCUGGGGCAAACAAGAAAAUCUUCCUUCAUAAGUCACUGGCAAGAAAAAUGGUAAAAAUGCUCCUAAUUACCGUGCUACUGUUGGGUCUAUGCAGUGUUGGACUAAGAAGCGCACAAGUACAUAAUAAAGUAAAUGAAUAUGAACUACACGCAGAAAGAGAUGAAGUAGAAACCAAUCUACAGAUUAUACAAAUGCAAAAAAAUGCUAAUCACUCAUUGCUAUCUCCCCAAGCUUUGAUGGCGCAUUUGGACGUAUUGAAAAUGGCAAUGAGCUUCAAGUUGCAUAUGUACGAGACGGAUUGGGACUUGCGCGACAUUUGCAAAUCACCGUUAGCAGCAAGUGCAAAGCGUAACUAUUUUAUCGAACAGUUAUACAAAAAGUCAAUACCGUGUACACUAAUAACACCGUUAGAUUGCUUCUGGGAGGGCAGUGAACUAUUGUUGCCGGAAACAGCUGUGGCAAUGACGCUUGCAGAAGUGCGUAAAUUACAAAUGAAUGAUUCACAAGCUAUCUACGAAUACGGUUUAUGGGAAGCGCAAAUGCGACUUGCAACCAAUGCUACGACUUACCGAGGCAAACCCUGUCUGAACCCAAGAAGUACGAGGUGUCCGAAAACUGCGCCAAAUAAGCAUGAAUUGCAGACCCCCGAUGUGGGCGCCAUACUACGCGGUGGCUGCGCUGGUUAUGCCAACAAAUACAUGCAUUGGCCGUUGGAAUUGAUCGUUGACGCAGCGGAACGCAAUGAGACCGGGGCGGUGCGCAGAGUGAAAGCUCUACAAACGCUUGUGCCGCUAAUGAGCGCUGUGGACUUUUAUAAUUUGUGGCACAAUCACACAAAGGUGCAACAUCUGGAUUGGACGCCAGAACGUGCGGCGAUGCUGUGGAACGUGUGGCAGCGUAAUUUCUCAAACGCAAUUGCGUCAACAGUGCAGAGGAAGCGCAGCUUAUGUGAUAACAACGACUUCAAGGUCUUAACGCCGGCUAUUUUGGAAGAUAUUUCGAAAGAAGAUACACCCAAUUCCAAUGCGGUCAACUACAUACCAGUUGUUGUAAUCAACAUAAUUUACGCUGCUUGCGUGCACUUUCGGUCCCGACAGCGUCAAAGUCUGCUUGCGGCAAGUGGUGUGCUGCUUAACGGUAUUGCGACUGCUGCGGGCUUGGCGCUUUGCAAGCAGCUGGGUAUCGCCGCCGACGCACAUGUGCUGCCAUUUUUUGUAUUCAGCUUAGGCGUGCAACACGUGUUUAUGCUCACCGCUAACGAGUAUCCCGAAAGUGAGCGUACUACGUUGGAGCAUGUUGUCGGACCGAGUAUACUCGCCUACGCAUGUGUCGUAGCCAUUUCACUAUUUGCGGCGAUCUAUAUGUCAGCGCCUGCAAGCCACUUGAGAGUUGUCUGCCAGCAAGCCGCUGUUGUGGUGUGCUUUAAUUUGAAUGCGACACUGCUUCACUUUCGUGUCAUAAUAUAUUGGAGGCAGAAGUUUAGAUGCGCAGUUAACUCGAAGAACAUAUCUCUCAAUAACAAAGCGUCUUCUAACACUACUGCACACUCUAAUUUGAAACAAGAAGAACAUCGAAUGAUUUCAUCAGCCGAUAAACGAACCAAAGAUUUUACAUUAGCACAUGCUGCGCUUAACUACAUCACAGCGUGCUUAAUGAAGCGUUGGAUGAAGUUCAUUAUCAUUAUCCCAUUUAUUGGCAUACUCAUCUGCAGCUUAUGCGCAACAACGCAUCUACAAUAUGGUGCCGACCUUAUCAAUCUAGAUCCGAAGCAUACAAAUCCGCUUAAAUUCGUCAAUACUCCAGCACCGUUGUUCGAUUUCUAUAGCAUAUAUGCGGUGACGCAAGGAAAUUUUGCAUAUCCCAACAAACAACGUUUGUUGCACGAGUAUCAUGAGGCUUUUGGGCGUGUGCCACAUGUUAUUAAGCAUAAUAAUGGUGGUCUACCCGACUUUUGGCUCACACUAUUUCGCGAUUGGUUCAUCAACUUACAACGCACAUUUGAUCGCGAGUUCAGUGAGGGGCGUCUGACGCUCGAAGGUUGGUUGUCGAAUGCGACUAGUGAUGCGAUAUUGGCUUAUAAGCUACUCGUACAAAGUGGUUAUGUUGACAAUCCGGUGGAUAAAUUUAGUGUGAUACAAAAUCGUUUAGUCGAUAGUGAGGGUAUAAUCAAUCCGAAAGCAUUUUACAACUAUCUCUCAGCGUGGGCCACGAAUGAUGUAUUUGCCUAUGGUGCUUCACAUUGCAAAUUAAAUCCACAUCCACACACAUAUUACCACAUCAACGAUGAAAUUGAUUUAAAAAUACCGAAAAGUAAACAAUUGUUGCAGUCGCAAUUUCCGCUGCACCUACAUGGCUUAUCAGACUUAUUGGAAGUUCAAACGCUUGCACACCAUUCGAUUUAGUGCAACAAUUUGAAGCACUACACAACUCAAUCGCUUUAACGCUAUGCAUCACACUAAUCGCCAUCUUUAUAACGUCUGCUAUAGUGUUGCAUUCUAAAUGGUUUGCGUUUUUGGUCGCUUUCAACGUCUUUGCUGCAUUGUUACAAAUAUUGUGCGCAAUGGCAAUGCUGGGCAUAAAACUCUCAGCAAUCUCCGCAGUGGUGUUGAUGUUAAGUGUCGGCAUGUUUGUCUGUCUGACGGUGCACAUUUCACUGUGCUUCAUCACGUCCGUGGGUGACCGGCAGCGCCGCAUGCAGCACUCAAUUGCAACAACAAUUGGUCCAAUUAUCAACAGCUUGUUUGCUUUCACACUAACUGAAAUCGCACUAGCCAUAACAACUUCCGCUUACGUAAUACACAGUUUCCUGCAACUCAUAUUAGUCGUGUUUUGUGUUGGUGCUUGCAAUGCGCUAAUAGUCUUCCCAAUUAUUUUAAGCAUAUACGGCACCAAGGCGGUGACAGUGUCAGCCGUGGAUUUAGAUUGUACAUUCAAGAAUUCAGUUGAAAGGGAACAAGUUUUAAAAGCUUAAACCCACUUACC